AUGGCUCUUGCAGGUGAUCAACAACAGCAGAAAGUCUGGGUUAGUUUAGAAACAGAAUAUCCUGAAGUAGUUUUGUGUGUUGGAAAAAUAUGUUUUGGUGAAAAAGUAAGAAAAAGGAUACCAAAAAAUUUGAAACAAGAUCAAAAAUACACCCUUGCCUGUGCAGUGUGUGCCCUGCUAAACUCUGGAGGAGGUGUCGUAAGAGCAGAGAUUGAAAAUGAGAACUACAGCUUAGAGAGAGAUAACAUUGGACUGGAUCUAGAAGGGACUUUUCGGUCUCUUCUUUUGUUUCCAGACUGGAGGAAAUACCUGGAUGUUGAACAGCGAUACAUAGAUAGAAGUAAUUACAUUUUGAUUUUUAUUAAGACCUGGAGCAGUGAAAACACAUCCUUAACGUCUGCAAGUGCAAAGCCACCUAUCUGUAGCCUGAGUACUGGGUUGUACGCAAAAUGUGGUGCUUCUCUUUCCCACAUGAACCCUACGGAAGCUUUUUUGUUCCUUAAAGACAAGAAGGAUGAAGCCAGGAGAGAGCUUAGCCCAGGACUUGCUCAAAUCAGCAAGAGAAGGGCCACUGAAGGAGACAUGGGUAUUAUAAAUAACACUGUUGCUGAGUUGUUUAACAGGGACCAACUGCAACACGGAGAGACGCUGACUUUCACAGAGUCAGGAGAUGUGGAAUUUAAACACUAUUCAACUGAAAAUUUUCUGACUCGUGUCAAAGAGAUUUUACCUCAGUAUAUCGCUGGAUUUGCCAACACAGGUGGCGGGUAUUUAUGGAUCGGUGUGGAUGAUGACAGCAGAGUGCAGGGAUUCAGCAGUGAUGAUGAAGACCUUGAAAAAUUAAAUCUCCUAAUCAAUUCUAUUCAAAACAAAUUAACCCUCUUCCAUUUCUGCGGGAGUGGAAAUAGUCACAACAUAAGGUAUGAACACAAAAUCUUCAAAGUAUACGACGAGGCUGGAGAUCACUGUGGCUACGUCUGCGCUGUGAAGGUUCAGCCAUUCACUUGUGUCGUGUUUUCUGAAGACCCAGACUCAUGGCUAGUGGAAGGCAACACCAUCAGAAGACUGAGAGCAGAUGAGUGGGCUGCGUGGAUGACCAAUGCUGAUCCAGAUAUUUCAAAGUUUUCUGACACCUUCAGGCUAGAGCUCAGUCUAACAGAGGGGCCACCUCUUGCCAAGCCAGUUUAUUCCCACCGGGGCCUUGACAAUGUCGAUGGUCUUUGUGAGAAACUGUUUCCAGUGAAACCCCACAACAUAAUAUAUACUCCAAAAAAACUCAGUGAAGAUCUCCUCCAAGAGCAUCCAGGGUUGUAUAAUUUAAUGCAAAAUCAAUUGAAGCAGCUUUCUGAGGGAGUUCUGAUAUUUUCCAGAAGCUGGGCUGUUGAGGUCAGCUUGCCAGAAAAAAGAGACAUAGUUUGUGACAUUCUCCUAAUAGCCAAGGGUGGGCCACCUAUCCUCUAUACCAUCUGUGAGCAUCCUGUCUCAAAGGAUUUGUUUGAAAACUCCAGACGUGUAGCCCAGAGGCUGAAGGAGAAAUUAGUCAACACUGGGGGCUAUAUUCACAAACUGUGUGUAAUACCAAAGCUCCUGACCUUGACUCCCCAAAUUAACCAUGGAAGAGAAUGGGAUCUGAAUAUUCAAGAAAUGUAUCCCCAAAACUACGGCCUCAUCAACAGUGACAACUUGAAGACCCUCUUGCAUGCUCUCACAGUGGCUCUGCUGACUUUCAAGUCCUUUUUAAGUGACCAUGUUGGUUUUGAGUUUUUGAACCUUUUGACCAUCCAACAAUACCAGCUGCUGUCAGAAAAUCUGGACAAAACUAAGAAGCUGUACGUUUAUGGUCUGCCAGGAACAGGAAAAACUAUAGUGGCCCUGCAGAUCAUAGAGAAAAUAAGAAAUAAGCUGCACUGCCCACAAGAGGAAGUUCUUUAUGUAUGUGAGAACCAGCCUCUGAGAGAUUUUGUGCAGCAGAAAAACAUUUGCCAAGCUGUGACAAGAGUGGCCUUUUUGAAGGCAAGCUUUAGUCAUGUGAAGCACAUCAUAAUUGAUGAAGCACAGAAUUUCCAGGAUGGGGAAGGUGAUUGGUAUAACAAAGCCUUGAUUCUAACUUCAUCACCAGAUCUCCCUGAGCCUGGCUUUUUCUGGAUCUUCUUGGACUACUUACAGACAAGUCACUGCUUCCCAACUGGUCUUCCAGAAGCAAAAUGGCACGAUCCUGUCGAGUCACUAACCAAAGUGGUUCGGAACGCUAACAGUAUCUAUAGUUAUCUCAGAGAAAAUAUGGAAAAGAUUGUAGAGUGCUCUACCCUAGAUAUUCCCAAGCAACGUUUGAAAAUGUUACUACGCAGAGCCACCCAUACUCACGCUGUGCAAGGCUGUGUUGAAAUAGUCAGAAAGCUAGACAGAAAUGGGAUAGUGAGGUAUGUGGCAGAACAUUGUCAGACAUAUCUGAAAAAUGGUUACUCCGAGGAAGAUAUUGCUGUUCUCUGCUACAGAGAUGAGGAAGUAAGAGCAUACUAUGGAAUAUUAACAUCAGAAAUGAAGAAGUCAAAUAUAGUCUUAAGUAAAAUGGAGGGAGCGCAAGAGACGCAUGUUAUUCUUGACAGCAUCCGUCGCUUCUCUGGCUUAGAAAGGAGCAUUGUGUUUGGUAUUAUUCCUCAAUCCUUUUCAUUUCAGAAAGAAAUUUUCAAUAAUAUAUUGGUCUGUGUAGCAUCCAGAGCUAAUUUAAAUCUACACUUGUUAUUUGAUAACGAGAAACAGGUAACCCCAUAG